AAGGUAAUUCAUAUUCUUUACAGCUUCCAACACUUCGCAAUCGACCGAGUGCAAGAACGAAGACAGUAUGUACAAUUAAUCAUGUUCCAUUUCAUCCAACUGAUGCCGUCUCCAGCUACCAUCACGCAGAACACAAACGUGACUCAGAACGCGCAACCUGAACAACGUGGUUCGUCAACAUCACCAUUAACCUUGUCUUCACCUUUUGAAAGUAGCACGUCCCCUCUACCUUCCCCUCUUGUUUUCGGACCGCUCCUUAACCAGGCGAACUCUAUGAUUACCCCGGCCGUUCAACGAACCGUUGCGCCAACAGUCCCUGCUCUGCGGGUGAUUAAACGAACUAAACGUUACGACGAUGAAAGGACUUCCUCAUCAACUUCAUCAACUUCUUUGGUAUCCGGCACCGUUAACAACGCUCCUGGAGGAAAGAUGCCAUCUCCUCCUUUAAUGACUGCUCCAUUGGAGGCCCAGGGCCCGCCUCCCUCGAAAACUGCCUCCAGACAUGAAGGACUCACGCGCGCGAUUAUCGCAGAAAGCUCUGCAUCCACGACGGCCAAAGCUAUGCUCAAGCCUUCUCUUUCCAAGGCCAGUUCCGUGUCAGGGCCUAGAAGAGUACUUUUACCUGAAUCCGGCAAACCAACCAAACCAGCUUCGGGACCUGGCACCUUCGCCCGUCCUAAAAUCCCUGUUCCUACUCUGGCUACCGUGCAUGGCAGGGCUUCUGCGGUGGCAUCAGGAAUCUCGAGGCCGGCAGUUGUUAGUGGAAUUCCACCGCCUGUAUCAAAAUUACCUGCUCCCUCCGGGAUUGCACGUUUUGGUCGCAAAGCGAGUGCACCACCUUCUUCAGAGUCCUCAAGUCGAAUGGCUCCUGUCAGACUUAUUCCGCGUCGUUACCCUACAUAUGGUCCUUAGUGGGGUCUUCAUUCUAUCUGGUUAUCAUGCUCUCUUCAUUACAAGCUUGGCCUUUUCACGACACCUAUCCUGCGUUCAAUAUGUUAAUAGUUGCUUGAGACUUUUAUUCUGCCCCACUUAUGACAUUUUAUAGCAUCAACACACUGGAUACUGACACAUGUAUUACACUCACCAAUGGCACCAGUUACAAUUACAAAUGUGUUCCCUUUUCGCUUACAUAUCUAGAG